GUGUGACCUAUAUAAAAAAAACACAGACACAGAAGGCUGGUUGUUUUUGUUUUUUGGCUGAGAGCGCUCUCUCAUGCACAUUGUUUAGAAUUACCUGUGGCAUGCACUCCAAAACCAGAUCAACAGGCUCUGGGCCUGUUUUGUGGCCAUGCCCCUGCCUGGCUCUGCCCUUUACAGGUUGGGAGGGAGAGGAGGAGGAGUGUAGUCCUUUGUCAGACAGAAAUCCCAGGAUUCAGGAAAUCCCCCUUCACUCCCACUUCUCACAAGCUUCCCAAAGUACGGAAGAGAGAGGAGGAAGGAGAGAGUGAGAGAAGGAGAGAGGGAGAGGAGGAGGAGGGAGGGAAGGAGAGGGAGAAGGGAGGAAACAGAGGGAAUAAAUCAUGGGAGGGGUUUGUAAGCAGGGGCUACGCACAGGGGAAUGCCGGACAAGAUGAGGAAAAAGAUGAGUGGAGGAAGCGGCUGGAGGGUGUGACUACAAGAGAAAAAUAGAGAGACCAGCUGUUUAGGAGUUGGAGAGAGAAAACAGCGGGAGGGGCCGAAGCAGACACGACUGUCGCAAGGUUUUUGGUCUCAGUCUCAACGUUAUGAACAAGAACCUCGGUGUGGUGCAUACCAGCAGUCGUGGGUGUUCACUCUUUGUCUUGUACCUCUUGCAUGGUAAUCAACUACGUCUAUGUGGAAGGUGCCAAAGUCCUCAGGGGAAACAAUGGAUUCCUUCAAGACCAUCCUCCGUUUUCUGUCCGACCAAAAAUCCACCAUCGGCUAUGGCUUCAUGGCCAUCCUCACCAUCGGAGGCGAGAGGAUCUUCUCCAUGGUGUCCUUCAACUGCCCGUGUAACCAUGACCAGAACUUUGCCUACGGGAUCACCUUCCUGCUCGGACCAGCCAUCGUGCUGCUGACCACCGGACUGUUUGUCAACAACCGCUUGUGGAGACUCUUCACAGGCUGCUGCCUGAACCCCCUGAAGCUUUGCCCCCGGGGCAACUGCAUUGGCUGCUGCACGGGGCUGUGCAAGGUGGUGGGCACGGCGUGUGUGGCUCCCAUCAUGUGGCUGUGCGUGGCGCUCCUCAACGGAACGUUCUACGAGUGCGCCGUCAGCGGCCUGGACGACAACCUGGUAGUGCCGCUGCUCUGCAAGAACAAGACGACGCUGUGCCGGGAGGAACUGGCGCGGGUUCCGUGUGGGAGAUCCAAGCUCCCGACCAAUGAGAACAUGGAGCUGCUCCUCAUGUUCCGAGCUCAGUCACAGAUUCUGGGUUGGGCCAUCAUUAUAAUCUCAGCAAUAGUAGGCUUGAUUGGCACCUGCUACAGAAACUGUCGCUCACAGGUGAGCUACCUGCAGCUCACGUUCUGGAAGCGCUACAUGGAGAAGGAGCGGGAGAAGUUUGACGUGUACGCCUCUGAAUAUGCCACCAAACUAGCGGAGCGCAACCUCAAGAGCUUCUUUGAGAACCGAGAUCCUGAAGCGUUCCCUUUCCCUAACCACCGGGCCUGGGAGGAGAUCUCUUCCCCGUACACAUUCACACGUGGAGAACAGUGCUACAGCACCUUGCAGCGCUAUGUAGACCGCAGUGAUCGAGACCUCAACCCAGAGAAGAGACCUGUCUUGGAUAUGGAGCAUGGCAUUGAGAUGACUUAGAGGAGACUUCAUCUUAAUGUGGCACAAGAGAUGCUCUCACAUUAAGCUGACUGCUCAAUUGGGUUUGGGGGGUAAUCAUGGGUUAAGGAUGAUUUACAUUGAUGAGACUCUUUUUUUGAAGUAACAUUCCAUACUAUUAUUUGACCAUCAGCAGCUUGUGGCUGGAAGGACAGAGAGAACGAUGCUUGAAAAUCACGUGACUGCCUUCCUCAGGGACAAUAUGCUGCACUUCCUCUCAGAUGUGGACCAUUAAAAACCACUCAGUAAAACACUAUUAGCUCAAAGAUGACAGGCCAAUUUCUGCAAAGUACUGAGGCCAUAGAAUCAAAACAGCUUUUCUGUUAGUGCCUUUCCUCUUUGCAACCACACACAAUUCCAGCUUCUCCUUUCCUAUUGUGCAGACUUGUCACAUUGUAUUUCACAUUCAGACGAUUACAAGGAUGUUUGGUUGUUUGGGGAAGUUGAUGGCCAUGUUUUUCUAACAGUUAGUGCACAUAAUAUAGUCCAUACUGGCUACAAUCCCUUUUGGUCCUAAUCUGCCUUCUAGGCAUAAUUUUGUUCAUGUUGCUAAACCAUGACAAAUCAGCACUUAUUUGUAUUCUCUGUAAGAGGUGAGAUUAUUCAUCUGAUAACUAAA